UUUGAGUCUCACUGGUCCUCAACAUAAGAAAGUAAACAACAGAAACCAAUGGACCAAAAUAUUCAAAACGAUUCUUCUCCCCUUAUCAACUUCUUUCAUUCGGUGCUGCAGCCAUCAAUAUCAUGUUCAACACUUUGCGAAGAAGAUUAUCCAGUGGAAAAUUUAAUUAGCAGUGACUGUAACAAAUCCAACCGAGGAUUUAUUGGUUAUCUGACUAAACCUCCAAUUGGCUUAGACAUAAAAUUAAUGUGUCCCAUACAGCUAAUGUCGAUCAAAAUAUGGCCUGAAGUCGGAUCACAAAAAUCAACGGGCAUCGACAUUUUUACCACAAUAAAUGGAAGCAGUGAAAAGAUUGCAAGCUGUAACGACUUGACGAUGAGUGAAAAUAGUGUGGUGUUCUGUCGAAUACAUGAUUCGUCGGAUAAUCUAGCCUUACCACAGUCAAAAAAGUGUUUCUUUUUCCGAAAUUUCAGAGAGAACGCAAAGAUCGAUAAGUUUACGAUUCGUAUAUGGAAAACCAGAAAUUCCAGUGUUCCGGCAAUUAAAAAGAUUGAGGUUUGGGGAAAAGUAACCCACAAGUCUGCGUUAAACGAACAGGUGCUGAAUUUGUGGCGAACGCGAGACGCAGGUUUGCAUAAUUCCGAUCACUCCAUACCACACCAGUCUAACACAACCAUAACAAGCCAUCAACCCACUCGUUCCAACGAAGCUUCGAGUCAAAUUGAAAUACCCGAUGAACUUUGCGACGCAAUCACCCAUCAAAUUAUGACGGUACCAAUGACUCUGCCAUCCGGAAAGACGGUCGAUCAAUCGACAAUUGAAAAAUUCAACAAAAUAGAAGCUACAUGGGGACGAGAACCAUCGGAUCCAUUCACUGGCCUGACAUUCACAAACAACCGUAAACCGAUAUUCAAUUCGGCGUUGAAAUCAAGCAUCGACAUAUUGAUGACUAAAUAUCCGAAUGCGUUGCAAUUGAGCGAUGUACCUCGAACGGUCGGAGGAAUAGUGAGUGUGAAUGGAAAGCGAUUGGCUGAUGCAUCGAUCGAAAUGUCUUCUAGCGAUAAUGGGAAAAGGCAGAAGUAUUUUGGACAUUCGUUGAACGGCAUUGAUGUUAGUGGGCCAGCAAAGUAUUUGUGUCGAGCUGCAACCGAGGAGACUAAUAAAAUUUCGUGCUACCAGUGUCAAUCGACCGACGAACUGUAUCGGAUAAAAAUUUGCGGGAAAGAUUUCAUUUGCAGGAAUUGUUUGUUCAAAAUAGAUUUUAAUGAAUGCAACGGUGAAUGUAGUUGUCACCGACUGUUUUCGAGGACUGACGUAGAAAGGUAUUACAGUAGCCGUAAUGCGUUUAAUUACAGUUUAAGUUGACUCAUCGUUAGAGUGUAAAAUAAAAUAAUUUUUUUAU